AUGGCUAAAAGAUCGAUGGUUGGGAAAGCCUUAAAAAAAGGUUACCAAUAUUUCUUAACCUAAAUGGCUGCAAGAAAAAAUAGAAUUAGCCAUUUGAAAUUAUGUAAAUCAUAAACAAUAUAUCUUCAAAAUAGAGGUUAGUAGUACUAUGACAAAUAAGGGAAAAAGAAUGGUAAAUGGGUGCAAGCAAGUGAUCAUUUUAAAGAAUCUGCUCAAAUUAGUUAUUGUGGAGAAUAUAGAGGAGAGAAGAAAUGUGGGAUUUGGGAUUUUAAUUAUUAGAUAUAUAGCAAUCGGCCAUCUAAGUUAAUAGGAUGUGGAGUGUAUGAUGGGCAAGGUUGUAAAAACGGCAAAUGGGUGGAGCCAUGCGAAUAGUUUUCUGAAGAUUGCUGGAUUAUCUCUGAAGGAUAAUACAGGAAUGGAAUAAAAGUUGGAAAAUGGGAAAUAUCUUGUCAGAAGGUAGAGUAAACAGACACAGAACCGGAAAAAAUGUAAAAAAUCAGUAUAAUAGAAUAACUUAGUGGCUAUGGAUUUUAUGAUGAUUAGGGCCUUAAAGUAGGUGUUUGGUUAGAAUUGGAUGAUAGUUUUUGCAGGUUUUGUUUGUUUUUAUCUAUGAGAACUUUUAGAGAAGUUAUUUAUCAGGGAGAAUAUAGGAAAAAUCAUAAGAUUGGGAAAUGGGAAAUAAAAUACAAACGAGAAGCUUUUAGUUAAAUUCUAAUAAGUGCUGGAGGAUCUUAUGAUGAGCGAGGCUAGAAGAUUGGUCUUUGGAAAGAGUUGACUGAAAGAUUUUGGAAUUAGAAUGAGCUGAUUUUAUAAGGCCAAUAUGACAGAGGGAGAAAAAUUGGUCAAUGGGAAAUCCUGUUUAGAUUCUCUUAAAGAUAUUCAUUUGAUAAUAUGUAAUAUGUAAUCUAAAAUUUCAGCGGAGGUGGAUCAUACAAUUAAGCAAAUUUGAAAAAUGGCUUCUGGAUAGAACAAGAUGAUGACUUUUCACAGAUUAACACAAUACUUCAUUAAGGCUAAUAUUAAGAUGGCGUAAAAGUAGGAUAAUGGCAUUAAGAAAAAUUAAAAGACAGCAGUUUAAAUAUUGCCCCUUAUCAUGUAAAUAGAUGA